UUCACCAACUCCCGCCUUUCUCAGGGCAGAGUAACUGUAGCGCUCUCCAAGUGAUAAGUGCCUCACACCGGGGCUACCCUGAGCCCGAACUGUUCACUUCAAAAAUCUUUUCAUCUCCCAAAGUGAAGAGAGAGAGUGAGAGACUAUUACAGGGACAGAGACUUGAGUGAGGGGGUGGGGGUAAGCAAGCGAGGAUGGAGUGAUAGAGAUAGACGGUGACAGAGACAGAAACAUACAGGUACAAAAACGUAACAGAAGGCGAAAAGGAGAUGGAGAGUACAAAAGCUCAGUACGAUGUAAAUAGGCAGAAAUAGAUAGAUAGAGAGAGAGAGAGAGAGAGAGAGAGAGGGAGAGAGAUACUCGUGGGAAAGGAAGUUGGAGAUACAUAGAAACUCCGACAGUUUUGGAGAAAGAUAGAGUAGAGAGGGGGGGGGGGGAGAGUGAGAGAGAGAGAGGAGAAAGAGAGGGAGGAGAGAAAGAGUGUCAGUGUGUGAGAGAGAGAGAGGGAGAAAAGAGUGAGAGAGCGCGCUAGAGAGAAAGCAAGUAAGUAAGUAAAGGAGAGGGCGGAAUUCACCUCCGUCCUAUGGGAGCGCUCGAAGGAGGGCAGGAGGCAGCAGCGGGGCGCCACCAGUAUCUGGUGACCGGCGCUCGGGUCGCCGCGCUGGGGGGAUCGGCGCCCCGCUCGGCGCCCUCUCCCACACCUGCUUCCUGUCUGCCUUCUCACCCAGACCAGCCCCGUGUCGCCAUCUUCCGUGUUACUGGCCGGCCGCAGAGUGCGGAAUAAAGUUCAGCGGGAGAGGGCGAGCGCCUUACCGCCGCUCACACGGGACGGGCUGAUGAACGCGGCUCCGGCUCUGCGGCCGCCGAGUCCCGGCUCGCCCCCGUCGCCGACCUCGGGAGCGCCGCGACUCUCCGGCCAGGGCAUCUCCUUCUAUAUUCAGAUCGGCCUGAGCAGGGAACCCGUCAUCCUCGAAUGCACCGACUUCUCCCUCGCACAUGUCCGGGAAAUGGCCUGUUCCAUCGUGGAUCAAAAGUUUCCUGAAUGUGGAUUCUAUGGAAUGUAUGACAAAAUUCUCUUGUUCCGUCAUGAACCCAGCUCAGAAAACAUCCUCCAGUUGGUAAAGGCUGCUGCUGAUAUUCAAGAAGGAGAUUUGAUUGAGGUUGUCCUGUCAGCUGCGGCAACGUUUGAAGAUUUCCAAAUCCGACCGCAUGCAUUGUUUGUCCAUUCCUACAGAGCUCCUGCAUUCUGUGAUCACUGUGGAGAGAUGCUGUGGGGAUUAGUACGACAGGGUCUCAAGUGCGAAGGAUGUGGUCUCAACUAUCACAAGAGAUGUGCAUUCAAAAUCCCCAACAAUUGUAGUGGUGUGCGCAAAAGACGCCUUUCCAAUGUUUCCCUAACAGGAUUAGGCACUUCAAGGUCCACCUCUAAUGAAUUGUCGCCGAAUACACCAGAUGAGCUGUCACUGCAGAAGACACCAUCUGAGUCUUUCAUUGGAAGAGAAAAACGUUCCAACUCACAGCCAUACAUUGGCCGUCCUAUUAAACUGGAUAAGAUUUACCUUUCCAAGGUUAAAGUGCCUCACACAUUUGUAAUUCAUUCCUACACUCGUCCCACUGUUUGUCAGUACUGCAAGAAGCUUUUGAAAGGACUUUUUAGACAGGGAGUACAGUGUAAAGAUUGCAAGUUCAACUGUCAUAAGCGUUGUGCCCCUAAAGUGCCAAAUAAUUGCCUUGGUGAAGUGGCUGUCAAUGGUGAUUUGCUUAGCCCUGGUGCAGAGGCAGAUGUGGUGAUGGAAGAAGGAAGUGAUGACAAUGACAGUGAAAGAAACAGUGCAAUUAUUGAUGAUAUGGAAGAGUCCAUGUCACACGACUCUGAAAUGUUAAUCACAGUGACCCACGGUGACAGUGCUGACAUGCACGACCAUGAACAUGAUGAUGCAAACCGUGCAAUAAGCCCUUCCACAAGUAAUAACAUUCCUUUAAUGAGAGUGGUACAAUCUAUUAAACACACAAAGAGGAGUAGCAGCACUGUACUGAAGGAGGGCUGGAUGGUUCACUUCACCAGCAAGGACAACCUGAGAAAAAGACACUAUUGGAGACUAGACAGUAAAUGUAUCACCCUCUUUCAGAAUGAUACAGGAAGCAAAUAUUACAAGGAAAUUCCACUAUCUGAAAUUUUAUCUCUGGAGCCUGGAAAGAACUUUGACUUUGUACCUGCUGGAGCCAAUGCUCAUUGCUUUGAAAUUACUACUGCAAGUGUAGUCUAUUUUGUUGGUGAAAAUCUGACAAAUGAUUUGAGUACACAAAAAAACAACAGCCUGGUGUCAGGUGGCACAGGCUUGGAUGUUGCCCAGUCAUGGGAGUUAGCUAUCCAACAUGCCUUGAUGCCUGUCAUUCCGAAAGGUUCAUCUGCAGGAUCAGUGCACAGCCUACACAGAGAUGUGUCUAUCAGUAUCUCAGUGUCAAAUAGUGAGAUCCAGGAAAAUGUGGAUAUCAGCACCGUAUAUCAAAUAUUUCCAGAUGAAGUACUGGGUUCAGGACAAUUUGGAAUAGUAUAUGGAGGUAAGCAUCGCAAGACAGGCAGAGAUGUUGCAAUCAAAGUGAUUGACAAACUACGAUUCCCAACAAAACAAGAGAGUCAGCUUCGGAAUGAAGUUGCAAUUUUACAGAAUCUGCAUCACCCUGGUGUAGUGAAUUUGGAAUGCAUGUUUGAGACUCCUGAAAGAGUGUUUGUUGUCAUGGAAAAGCUCCAUGGAGACAUGCUGGAAAUGAUCCUGUCAAGUGAGAAAGGACGUCUGCCAGAACUUAUAACAAAGUUUCUUAUUACACAGAUACUUGUUGCUUUGCGACAUCUCCAUUUUAAGAACAUAGUUCACUGUGACCUGAAACCUGAGAACGUUCUCCUAGCUUCGGCUGAUCCCUUGCCACAGGUCAAGCUUUGUGAUUUUGGAUUUGCACGUAUAAUUGGGGAAAAGUCUUUUAGGCGUUCCGUGGUGGGAACACCAGCAUAUUUGGCUCCAGAAGUGCUCCGCAACAAAGGAUAUAAUCGGUCGUUAGACAUGUGGUCCGUAGGCGUUAUCGUCUAUGUCAGUCUUAGCGGCACCUUUCCAUUCAACGAAGAUGAAGAUAUUCAUGAUCAAAUUCAGAAUGCUGAUUUCAUGUAUCCCCCUAAUCCCUGGAAGGAGAUCUCUCUGGAAGCCAUUGAUGUCAUCAACAACCUGUUGCAAGUAAAAAUGAGGAAGCGUUUUAGUGUGGAUAAAUCUCUAAGUCACCCUUGGUUGCAGGAUUACCAAACGUGGCUGAAUUUACGAGAGCUCGAGUGCAAAUUUGGUGAACGUUAUAUCACUCACGAGAGUGACGAUGCCCGUUGGCAAGAGUUUGCUGGACAGCAUGGCCUGGAGUAUCCAAUGCAUCUAGUCAACCGUAAAUCUGACUACUGCGAGAGUACUGUGGAGGAAGAGGCAGAAAUGAAAGCCCUAAAUGAGCGGGUCAGUAUUCUCUGAAAGGAUAUAUGGUUUUAAGAAUAUUCAUGAGCACAAAGGGGGGAAAAGAAAAGAAUCUAUCAAGUAACUGCGACUUCUAUCCUCACCACAUAAAAAUGGAAGGAGAGUGUGAUGCUUAGUCUCCACCAAUAAAGGCAAGCUUAAAAAUCAAUUGCCAUUCUAAUCCUAAAGCUAGCACUCUAAUUAGUUGUUGUAGUUCGACACUUCCAGAAUUGACAAGUUUGCUUACUGCAUUUCAAGCAGGAAUGUGUAUAUAUUAUUGUGUGAGUGCAACUAUGUUCUUGUACAUCCUGUCUAAUGCAAGCAUUAAAUAUAUAAUUUGCAAGAUAUUAGCUUGUAUCUCUCACAUUCCGUAAGAUUCCAGUGUGCCUUUGCUUGUAAGAUUUUCCAUGUAUCUAUAAUACACCCCUAGUUGGGUGAGAACUUUUGUAAAUUUUGCUUUAUAUUUUUAACCUCUUUCAGUGUUUAGCUGUUUGGCGGCAUCUCUUGGAAGAGUAUAACAUUAUAGCUGUUCUGUGAACAAUUUUUGGUCUGUUAUAAAGAACAAAGGGAUUUUUAAAAAUAUAUAUUAACUUUUUGGAAUAACCAUUCCAAAAAAAAGUACAUAUAACUUAAUCUGCGUCAAACUGUAACAAGGGAACAGAACUCAAGAUGUGCAGUAACAGAACACUUAUGUACAAAUGCAAGUUUCUCUUGUACGCUUUAAUGCCUUAGUUAUGGCAUUUAAUACAGGAUUGAUCAGGUCGAGCUCACCUUUAUGUCAGCAUUUUAACUAGAAAUUAUUUGAUAUCAUGUUGCUUCUGUCUAAAAAGGUUGAAUAAAAUUGAAGUUGAUGUCAAAAUAUGCCUCUCAGGAAACUUCAUUUCGACAUGGCUUAGAAUAAAUUUAGUUACAACUUUAAGAAUGAAAACAGUAUUGAAGUCUGUGGUACAGUGAGUAUUUUUUCAGGCUUUGUCUGUAGGUAACUACAGAGGCAUGAAAGAGGGGCUGGCUAAGGUUGACGGAAGGGGACACUAACAGGGUUGACGGUUAAGCAGCAAUAGCUGGAGUUUCUGCAAGUAAUUUGGAAAAUGCAGGAUUGAUUCAUCCCAAAAAGAAGAAACAUUCUAAAGGGAGGAUGAGAAAACAGUGGCUGACAAAGGAUUCGAAGGGAGCAUACAGCAAAAAUCUGUGGUGGGAAGUUAGAGGAUUUGGAAGCUUUUAAAAACCAAUAGCAACUAAAAUACGCAAUAAGGACAGAAAAUAUGAAAUAUGAAGGUAAGACAGCCUGCCAUAUAAGAGAGGAUUCCAGAACUGUUUUAGAUAUAUAAAGAGUAAAAAGGAAGCAAGAAUGGAUAUUGGACCACUGGGGGCAGGUAGUAAUCAAGAACAAAAAAAUGUGAAUGAAUUUAGUAAGUAUUUUGCAUCAGUCUUCACUAUAGAAGACACUAGCAACAUGUCAGAAAUUUGAGAGUCAGGCAGAAGUGAGUGUAGUUGCUAUUACUUAAAAGAAGGAAGCUGUAAGAUCUUAUGGUAGAUAAGUCACCCAGACCAGAUGAACUACCCCACCCCACCCUCCACCAGGGUUCUGAAAGGCUCACUUGCAGGUUGAGUUGGUGGUAAGGAAGAAAAAUACAAUGUUAGCAUUCAUUUCAAGAGGUCUGAAAUAUAAGAGCAAGGAUGUAAUACUGAGGCUUUAUAAGGUAUUGGUCAGACUACAUUUGAAGUAUUGUGAACAGUUUUGGGCCCCUUUGAAAAGACAUGCAGGCUUCAGAGAGAGUCUAGAGGAGGUUCAGGAGAAUGUUUCCAGGAAUGAAAGGGUUAACAUAUGAGGAGCAUUUGGUGCCUUUGGUCCCACGCUCACUGGAGUUUAGCAAAAUGGGCGGGGAAGAGGAUGUCAUUGAAGCCUAUCAAAUAUUGAAAGGCAUGGAUGGAAUAUGGAGAGGCUGCUUCCAGUGGUGGAGAAUCUAGAACCAGAGGACAUGGUCUCCAAUAGAAGGAUGUCUCUAUAGAACAGAGAGGACGGGGAAUUUCUUUCGCCAAAGCAUGGUGAAUCUGUGGGAUUAAUUGCUACACAAGGCUAUGGAGGUCAGUCAUUGGAUAUAUGAAAGCGGAGGUUAAUAGGUUCUUGAUUAAUAAGAGUGUCAAAGGUUAUGGGGAGAGGGCAGAAACAUAGGUUUAAGAAGAAAAUAAAUCAGCUGUGAUCAAAUGAUGGACAAGACUCAAUGUGCCAAAUGGCCUGAUGCUGCUGCUAUGUCAUAUGGUUUAAUGAUCUUUUCAUCUUUCUUAUUGUUUAUUUAUUUUUACUGUAACUUUUGGCUUGCACUAUACUGAAAACAACAGAUUUCAUGACAUAAGUCAUUGAUAAUAAAUCUGAUUCUGAUUUUGUAUUGUCCAGGUAAUCAAUAUGUCCUCCUCUGAACUCGCUAUCCUCAAUGUCCUUGUCCUUGAUGAAUACAGACCAGAAGCAUUCAUUUAAGUGUUGCUCAUAUGACCCAUCUUCACACAGAGAUUGCCCCUUAGGUCCCUAAUGGGACCCAGGCUUUCCCAAGCUACACUUUUGCUCUUAAUUUACAUGGAAUAGCAGGAAUGCCAAGAAUAAUUCUUGACUAUUCAUUGCCCUCCUGAUUUCCUUAAGUAUUUUACUUCACACUCUAUGAGGGGUGAUUGUAAGUUUGAAGCUAAUAAUUCAUUUCCUUCUACCUUGGGCCACAAACUUAUCAUUCAUCCCUGCUAAGAACACUUUCUGGAGGUCCAAGAUCCGUAUGCUCCACGACCACUGGACUAAUUUUGUAAAUGCAGGAGGAGACUAUGUUGAAAAAUAAAUGUGCUAGGUUUUCUAAAAUUGACUCCCUCUACCUUAGGCCACGAAUUUAUCAAUCAUCCCUUGUAUAUUCUUCAAGGUAUUUGUUUUGUUGUACUUGCCGCUAUCCAUCAAGUGCUUCCUUUUCUCCCCAUCCUCCCAUCAAACAUUCCAUACCCUGUGUUGUCCAGGUACCCUAAUCUCACCCUUCAGGAACAUGCUGACCCUGGACUCUCACUAAUUCCUUUAAAAUUUCAAAAGGUUUCAGGCUCCUCUGAAUUCUUGAGUUACUAAUAUAAACACAAUCUUUUUCUGGGAAAUUCAGAAUGUUAUAGUGUGUCUUUUUUUUUAAUGAAGAGCUGAACUGAUACCUGCAUAUCAAUUUCUGUUUGUUAAUAAAGUAAUUCCAUUUCUCAGUGAACAUGUCAUAUGCAGUCCUG